GAACAGCAUUGAGGUGCAGUCAGCUUAGACGGGUGGAUUCAAAGAGCCCAGCCAUGGGCGCCAUCCAGUUUUUUUCACCGUUCAACAAAGAAAGGAUGUUAAAUAAUAAUUUCCAGUUCACGAUUCAAACAUGCCAUCCACACUUCAAAAUAAGCUCCCAAGACUGCUGAGGUAAUCACUCUCCACUCUUUUCUUCGAUGGCCGCCUUCGCGAACUAUAAAUUAAUGCAUCAGUUCAGAAGUUAUCAUCAGCCCAUGCACGCAUGCCCUCAUCCUCCACUUCCCACCACCACACCUUAAUUCUCCUGAUCAGUUAAUCAAACACUUGUUCCAAUUAUGUCGCCAGAAAAUAUUGUUGUUAUCUUCGCCGUCGUCCUCGGAGCACUAUGGCUAUUUGAUCAUCUACGGCGGCGAAACGGGCCGAAAUCACCUCCGGGGCCGCCGGCGUUCCCCAUCAUCGGCAACCUCCACUUGCUCGGCGACCUCCCCCACAGCAACCUGCGCCGGUUGGCUCAGAAGUACGGCCCCAUAAUGUCGAUGAGGCUGGGGCAGGUGCCCACGGUGGUGGUGUCGACGCCAGCAGCGGCGGAGCUUUUCCUCAAGACCCACGACCUCGUCUUCGCAAGCCGGCCCAGACUGCAAGCCCCAGAGUACCUUUCUUACGGGAAUAAGGGCGUGGGGUUUUCGCAGUACGGUCCAUACUGGCGUGACGUCCGGAGAAUCUGCACCGUCAACCUUCUCAGCCCGGGGAAGAUCGAGUCGUAUGGGGGGUUGCGGAAGGAGGAGGUGGGGUCGCUGGUGCGGUGGCUGAAAGAAGCGGCAGCGGCGCGUGAGGUGGCGAACGUGACGGUGAAGCUGUCGGUGCUCAUGGAGGACAUCACUUGCCGAAUGUUGUUUGGGAGGAGCAGGGACGAGAGGUUUGAGCUGAAGAAGGUUGUCCGGGAAUUCCUUUUCUUGACGGGUUCUUCCAAUAUUGGAGACUUCAUUCCGUGGCUCAAGCCGCUUGACCUUCAGGGAUUAAAACGACGGAUGAAGGCGACAGGCAAGGCCUUCGACAGUAUCUUGGAAAUCAUGAUCGAUGAGCACAUACGAGACGGCAGUGGGCGUAGCAGCACCGGCUCCCACGGAGAUUUCAUGGACAUGAUGUUGUCGCUGAUGAACGAAUCCCAGUACUCCCAGGACGAGUCUCUGCGCAUCAUCGACCGAACCAACAUCAAAGCGGUCCUCAUAGACUUGCUGGUGGGCGGGACCGACAGCUCGUCCUCCACCGUCGAGUGGGCGAUCUCGGAGCUCAUCCGCCAGCCGAAGCUGAUGCGAAAGCUCCAAGACGAGAUCAAGAGCGUGGUCGGAAAGAAAGAGUUUGUGGAUGAGGCAGACUUGCCGCGCAUGGCCUACCUGGACAACGUGGUGAAAGAAACUCUGAGACUCCACCCUGUGUCGCCGCUGCUGGCGCCGCACGAGUCCACGGAGGACAUCACCAUCAACGGGUACUUCAUACCGAAGAAGUCGCGGAUUUUGGUGAAUGCCUGGGCGAUCGGGCGAGACCCGAGUGCGUGGCCCAACAGCCCGGAGGAAUUCAACCCGGAAAGGUUUGUGGGGAGCGAGGUGGACCUGCAGGGACGGGACUUCCAGCUGAUCCCAUUCGGGUCGGGGCGGCGGGCGUGCCCCGGAAUGCGCCUGGGCCUCACCACAGUUCGACUGGUGCUGGCUCACUUGGCGCACUGCUUUGAUUGGGAGCUCCCCGGCGGAGUGUCACCCUCCAAGCUCGACAUGAGUCAAAAAUUUGCGGGCUUGGUGUCGCCCAGGGCUCAUCCCUUGCUCGCCGUUCCUGUUUAUCGCUUCCAAAGCUAAGUGCGAAUACACGGAGAAAGACAGUGUGCGCAUCUGUUCUAAUGAAAAUUAAUGUUUUUUUGUUCCCUUGCUCUUAAAAAUUUUUAUUUUACAAUAAGUGCCUGGUCAUAUCUCAUAGUGAAGACUUUUGUAGUAAAUAUUAAUUAAUGAUGUUUGGUUUCCAUGCACAUAAAAA